AUGCCUUGGCGGUCGUCUCUCUGGAUAUUGUGUCAUUCAACAACUGGCAUUCAAAUCUGUGGAGCAUCUGCUGGAAUCCAGAAAAGAAGAAGAUUGUCACGUCACUGCUAUGCAUUUCCGAGCAGGAAUAAAUAA